UAUACACACAUAUAGGGUGUGCAUAUACAACAUCAACUGGUUCGUAGGGAGAUAUUCAAGAACCGAUCGAAUGGCAUUGGAAAAAUAAUAUCUUUCGGAGAUCGAAAUUCUUAUAUCUCACCUGUAUAGAAACACCGUCGGACGUCGCACCUGUCAGGUCUGAAGUGUAUGAGUGACUCUUAGGAAAUUCUUAAAGAUGAGGUGUACCUUGUUACUGCUGAUAUCAGCAGUUUUUCUGGCUCCUGUGAUUGGAAUAGAAAUCACUUUUCCUGAUUUUGAUGUAACUGGAGUAGACGGCAACUUAAAAGAAAAAAUAACACGUCAGGGUAUUUUGGAAAAUACACCAGAAGAUACCUUCAUUGGCCAGCUAAUUGCUUAUGUGGAUGGACAACCCAACACUGGAAUCGUGUAUAGUAAAGGUGAAGCAGGAGGAGACAACUCCUUCAAAGUAUCAUCAUCAGGCGUUGUUACAACUGGCGCUCCUCUCGACAGAGAGACUGCAAAUGCCAAUGACUUGGUAGUAACUUUUAUUGCAACCCUUGGGACUGUAUCAACCAGUGAUCCGAUCAAGGUUUCAGUGUUGGAUAAAAAUGACAAUGCCCCAAUUUUUGAGAGGAAUUUAGGAUAUGGUAUUCAGGUUUCUGAGAAUGUCCAGAUAGGAACCACCAUCUUCAGUGAUAUCAUUGUCUCAGAUAUUGACGUUGGUUGGAAUGCUCAAUUAACACUGAGCUGCUUAUCAGUGGUGAAUAAUACAAAGAGUAUUGAGGCUUGUGAUACAUUUGGACUGACAGAAGAAAAUUUCGUCCUAGGCGACAAUGUACAAAGGUACAGGGCUUACAUUUACGUAAAAAAGGUUCUGGAUUACGAAACACAGAAAGCUUAUACCAUGACAGUCCUAGCAAAGGACAACCCAACCGGAAAGCAAGAUGGAGCUAGUAAUGAGGUGACAGUCAACGUUGCUAUUGAUGUCUACGACGAGCAGGAUUCACCACCCGUCUUUGGCACCAGUUCUCUGAAAGUGUUUGCAUUUGAAGGCUCAGAUAUAGGCAAGCGUCUGUCAGCGGUAACCGUGAGGGACGGUGAUGAAGGGAAUCCACGUCUACUCAACAUCUCGAUCAUAGAUGUAUCGGGCAACUCAGCUAACCUGUUUGAACUGGACAUCUCGAUGGAGAAUGAAACGAGAAUCUACACUGUAGUCAUUGUGGUCAAGAAUGUAAUUGACCGAGAGGCCUACGUUGAUGGUCACAAGUUCUAUAUAACGGCAGUCGAGAUCGAUAACACCACAGGACUUUUAACCAAUUCGGAGGCAAAUGUUACAGUUGACGUAACCAUUUUGGACGUCAACGACAAUCCACCGAGAUUUACUCAAAGCACAUACAAUGUUGAUAUCAUCGAACCCACAAUCAACGACGCUAUAGUACCAGGGGUCACCAUAGAGGUCACGGAUAUAGAUGUGACGAGAACUGCUGAGGGGUUAAGUUAUUCCACAUUCAACGUAAGCAUUAUCUCACAAAGCAGUCCGCCAGCUUUCAGUCUGAACAACGAUGCUGGAACUCGCAAGGCCAGUUUCAACCUUGUCAUCGAUAACUACAUGAACCUUGACUAUGAAGUUCCAGCUUACAGAUCCCGUGUAGUAUUGAUUGAAGCUGUUGACUUCAACGACAAUAGCCUAUCAUCCACAGCUACCGUCAGCAUAAACAUCUUGGAUACGAAUGACAAUGCCCCGGUGUUCCAACAGUCCGAAUACACUAUCCAAGUGUCUGAAAUUGAACAGCCACCAAAAUCCCUUCUGACAAUUCAGGCCAUGGACAGAGAUAGCGGAAGCAAUGCAGCUGUUACAUACGCUUUCAUAGAUCCUAAUAUUGUAAAUUUUAACCUUGACCCAAACACAGGGGUCGUGACCUUGGCCCAAUCAUUGGACUACGAUAACGGAGCCAUUCAAUAUGAAAUGACUGUCAUUGCAUCAGACGGUGGAAAUCCCAUCGAAACAGCUUCUGCCACCAUUCUUGUUACCGUGCUGAACUAUAAUGAUCUACCACCUGUCUUCCAGCUGUUGUCGUACAGAUCGACCAUUACAGAAUCCUCGACAGUAUUUCUUAUCCCUGUAACGGUACAGGCAUCAGACCCUGAUGGAUUUGCUGUGAGAUAUGACAUUGUCGCGGGCAACACAGCCAACAAUGCCUUCCAGAUCGACCCUAGCCUGGGGACGCUUUCACUCAACACAAUCGUCAACUACAUGGACACACCUGGUCAAAAUGGAUUUUUUUACCUGAAUGUAUCUGCAACCGACGCUGGAGUCCCAAGUCAGGUGUCCUAUGUGACUAUUACAGUUGAAGUCAGGGAUGAAAACAAUGCCAAUCCAACGUUUCCUAGUCCCAACUACAAUGCUACUAUCAGCGAAGCCAUUGCCAGAGGCUCCACAGUUCUGCAGGUUAUAGCUACAGACACUGAUUCAGGAACGAAUGGUGAAAUCACAUACUCCAUCACUUUUGGGGCCAAGGACGAUUUUAAAAUCAACGCAGACUCUGGAAUCAUUUUCGUGGGAUCUAGUGCUGCUCUGGACUACGAUACCACUUCCCUGUAUAAUAUCACGGUGGAAGCUGUUGACCAUGGCAGUCCCCCGAGAACCGGAAUAACCACUGUCCAGAUCACAAUAGAGGACGCCAACAACAAAAACCCAACAUUUGACAAACCACUGUACGCACAGACUCUCAAUGAAUCUCAACCUGUCGGAACAUUCGUAUUACGUAUGAACGCCACUGAUCCGGAUUCCACCAGUUCCCUGCGGUACUCGAUCCUAUAUUACCAGUCCAGCGGUCAAGGUGUCCCGAGCUUCAACUACAGGAACUCUUUCCGUAUCGACAGUGCCUCUGGCGCCAUCUUUACCAAUACAACAAUGGACUUUGAUGUAACGUCACAAAUCCAAUUUGUAGUAGAGGCUCGUGACGUGAAUGCAAGUACACUUCAGACAGCCACAGCAACCGUUCUGAUAUACAUUCUACAAGACGUGGAUAAUACUCCCGACUUUAAUGAGCCUUGGACGGAUGCAAACCCAACAUACAACCACGUUAUUCCGGAGGCCAAGACAAACUUCACAUACAUAACUCUAAUAGCUUUCAUUCCCAGCACGAGGGAACAAAUUCGGGAUUACCAGGAGGUGUUGGGCACGGACCCCGAUGAUUAUUUUACCGUAGAAAGAACCACAGGAAGAGUGCGUGCAAACAGAGAGAUAGAUUAUGAAACAUUGGACAGAAAGAUUCUUACGCUGACAGUGAAAGCAACAUCUCCCGAGGGAUUAUCGUCAACAGCCAAUAUCGUCUUCCAGAUUCAAGACAUCAAUGACAAUGCUCCACAAUUUUCACAAUCUAGCUAUACAUUUACGGUUUCCGAGGGUAAACAGUAUCCAGAAGAAAUCGGUAACAUUGUCGCCACCGACGCAGACAGCACCAGCAAUGCCAAUGUCUCUUUCAGCAUAACUGGAACUAACGCCAGCCAUUUCACCAUCUUUAUGGUGGGAAACAAUAUGCGAAGUGCCACAGGAAAGAUCGUGGUAUCACAAAAUGUUGUCCUUGACUACGAGACGACUCCUCAAUAUAAUCUCGUCCUUAAUGCUCGAGACAAUCCUGACAUCAAUCGGUUUGAUGUGUACAAGGAGACUUCCGUCAAGUUAACCAUCAAACUGAGGGAUAUAAAUGACCAGAAACCUGUUUUCGACAAAGACAAUUAUUAUUUCUUCACAGUCGAAACAUUUGGUGGGACAAACCAGAUAGGUCAAGUGUCAGCAUUUGAUUCAGAUAGCGGUAGUAACGGUCAAGUGUCGUACGCAUUCGUCAACCCAGAAGAAAAAGUGACACGUUAUUUCUACAUUUCCUCCAAUUCCGGAACUGUCUUCACGAAGUCGUCAUUGGACGGAGCAUCGGUCAUCGGUUCGUUUUAUGUCCAAGUCAUGGCAAGGGAUAACGGAAAUCCGUUUGAAUUCUCGUAUGCCAAUGUUUACAUCAAUGUCAGUAGUGGACAACUGGACAAUGGUCAGCCUGUCUGGUUCAGCCCAGCGAUUGGAGAAUCUAUUAACAUUGUAGAGCAUUUACCACUUCAAACGUCCAUAUUUAACGCGUCAGCAUCGCCCCGCACGCCAGGAGCUGGGAUCACUUUCAGCUUUUUGUCCAAUAGUCAAGACCUUAAUAAAUUUGCCAUUUCACCGAGUGGGAAUAUCAGGGUGAUUGGUGAUAUUGACCGUGAAGUCAAGGCCGUUUAUGAUCUGAUUAUUCUGGCCACUGAUACGCUGAAUACGACCCUUCAAGGAACGCGACGUCUGACCGUGAGGGUACUGGACAUCAACGACAACGAACCGUCCUUCAGGGACUGUCCAGAUCAAACAUACCUGGAUGUGGUGACUGUAAAUGUUCGGGAGAAUCAACUUCCCCCCUGUUUCCCUAAUGCCACUGGGCCAUUCGAUCUUAAUCCAACAACAGGGGUUAUCACAACAAAUAUGGCUCUAGAUCGUGAGCUCAUACCAAUGUAUCGCAUUUGUGUCAUAGCCAGACCAGCUUCAUUCGGAAGAAGGAAACGUGCCACACCCGAUAACAUUCAAAAAGUAGACGUGGUCAUUCUGGAUAACAAUGAUAAUGGCCCUGUUUUCCUUACCAGGGACAUUUCCAAAGCCAUAUUUGAGCUCCCCACACAAGAAAUGGUCUCACAGCUCCGAGCAGUCGACCCAGAUUCAGCCUUCUUCAACAGGGUGCGUUAUUCCAUUACGGGGAUUGUUUACGAAAAGCCUGGAAGACAGAUAAAUAUCUACGGAGCUUUCAAUAUCAAUCCCGACACCGGCCUUGUAACGGUCAACUUCCCGACAUACAAGGCAUUCACGAAGGGUUAUUUCAUCAUCUCUGUUCGUGCUGAAGACAGUUACGACUCCACAAUGUACGAUACGACACAGAUCAAGGUGUACAUUGCUGAGGAAAUCACUCAAAUCCGUGUUGUAAUAGAUUCAAAUGGAAAUGUUGACAUUGCUGACAAAGUUGCCAAUAUGAUGAAUGACUUAAAUGCAGCUGGGCUUGUCACAUUCCAACAGACACAGAUCCGGUAUCACAAGGACUCAUCGGGAGCAACAAUAUCUUCAAAAACGGACGUGUGUAUGCUGGCCAUCCAGAAUGACCAGGUACUGGAUGCUUAUGACGGACAAUCGAUGCUGGAGACGAGGGAUAGCAUCAUUCGUAAUUAUGGCUUUGGAGAGAUUGGGCCAUGCGAGCCCUCCACCACGAGUAACCUUGAAGGCUGGUCGGUGUUCUGGUGGGUCCUAGUGGCCUUUGCUAUCUUCAUGUUCAUUCUCAUCCUCAUCCUGAUGUAUGCCAUCUACGCUCUAUAUCGCAAUUACAAAAGUUUUAUGGAUACAAGACAACAAUAUUUAGUGCAAUAAGCAAUGACGACCUUGAACUUUGCUGUCAGCAUCAUCGUAUCCAUGGUGAUUAAUUCGAGGCCACUGACCUAGUUUUCACAAUAAAAAAAUUCAUGACUGCAUGGUCAACUGUCGAAAACAUUGUUUCCAAUAUGUGUGGAUCUUCCUGGAAUUUUGUUUGUUUUGGAAAAUAACGGAUAAAUAAUCGCAAAAAUAUCCAAUUUUGAUAACAAUAUGACACAUUCGUAAAUGUCUGUGUGGUCCAUGGUUACAAUAUGGCAGAAACAUUAUCCGAUAGAUGUCAGUACAUAGCAGGAAUGUCUGUCUUGCCAUUUGACAUGAAGUGUGACAUUCAGAGAUCUACAAACAAUGUGAUACAAAGACAAUUGACGUUUUGGACAAAAAAUGUCUAGACGAAUGGUCGUUUCUUUUAACUUAGACAUCUGGCAUUGAAGUUGAAGAGGGAAGGCCGACCUCACACCAGAUUUGGUCGGAAGAAAGGCAUAAGACAUUGAUAAUGUGUGUGAUUUACUGCGAUUGUUUCAGACAAACUUCAACCUCUCUGAUUCCUGAGAGUAUUGAUCUUAGUCUAGUUAAGAUGUUAAUGUACUGCGGUACUUUAGAAGUUUUAAAAUAUUAAAGAAAAGACAGCAUUGUCUCAAAAUGAUAUUUAAAAAUUCAUACAAGGCUGAAGAAUUGAAAUGUUAAUUUGAAGUUGAAAUAUAGCGGAAAUUCUCUUACAAGAAUUCAAAGAACUUUUUUAGAAUGGUUUUGAGUUUGCAAUGACCCUGUCAUCCCUAAAAUCCGUCAAUGGACUUGCCCAUUUAGAUCUUAUGAGCUAUGGUAUGAUGGAUUAUAGGGAUGACAUGAUAAGAUGCUUUUGUUGGACUUAAUUAUAUCUUUUUGUACUGUAACCAUAUUUUACUUAUGUUGAUCCUGAGAGGGGAGGUGGGGGGGGGGGUUGAUGGAGGGGUGGCCCAUUAAAAUCCCAUUAAAAAAUGGGCUAGCAUAUUAUAUGGAUUAACAAUAGUAAAAUAUGGUACAUCACCUGUUUUGUUAAUGUGUUUUUUGUCUUGCAUAUUAUGAUAUUGUUUGUCGUAUAUAAUUGUAUACAAAUUAUGCAGGUUAUUUUGUGAUAAAUACAUCUUUCUGUCAACGAACCCAACCCUUGGAGGCAUAAUAUACAAGAAGAUAGUAGUGUAUUCAUCUGCCCACUGAUUUAGUGCUUCUUACAAUUUUUAAUCCUUGUGGAUAUUCUUUACAUAUUUUUCCACUUAUACAUUGAAAUAUUUUCCAAGAUGUGAAUUUUGAAAGAUUUUUAACUUCUUUGUUGAUAUUUCUUUACAUAACACCCAAAUAAUUGAAAGUUUAACUUUCAAAAUGUGACUUACUGCAUGACAUGAAAUAUUCGCGAGUACUAUAUCUGUUGUUUGGAGCUUUCAAAUAAUUUCAUGGGUACAAACUUUCAUAGUUAGCUCAUGCAACAAUUAUAUAGCAAUUUUACAUUUGCGUUUCCAUAGCAAUCAUAAAAACAAAAAAAGCUUAAUACAUAACAAACGUUUCAUGUUAUGCAAAAUUUGAACUUUGAUUUAAAAAAAAAAAAAAAAAAAAUCUUUUUUGUGACCUUGACCUCUUUUUGAUAUGAAUAAACAUAUAUGUCACGCUCUUUGAUUGAAGAACAUGUACUCAAGCACAAAUUUCAUAUUCAUAUCCAGAUUUCAAAAUAUUGACAUACACAUGCAUUACAAUGUUUCCAAGGUCUUUCAUUUGACAUUUUCAAGGUCAGGAUAUCAAAUUAAUUCAUUUUGUCUAGAAUGAGAAUUAAAAUAGAUAUCAAUUUUGGCAGUUGUUGGAUUUUGAAAUGAUUUUAUUUAUACUAAGAUUAUAGAGCAUUGUAUUUUCAUAAAUAUUCAUAAAAUAAAAUUGUAUGCAUUACAAAAAUCUUAAUUUGGUUAUAAAUUUUUUAAAAAAAGUGGAAUUUUGGAUGAUGGAGAUAUUCCCAAGGUUAUUUCUACUUGGCCAUCAAUUGGAAAGGAGAUUUUAAUGACAGGGGGGGUUAGUUAUUUCAAAGUACUCUAUAUUUACUGGAGUUAAUUUUUCCCUUAAUGCUUACCUACGUGCUGUAGAUGUGUAUAUAUGUAUUGGUAUUUUUACAUAUAUUUAUAUACCAAGAUUGUUAUGUAGUUAGUGUAUGAAAGAAAGGCUUGAAACUAUAAUGUACAUUUUCCAUAAAACCGUCUUCUUAUCUAUCAUGUUUCUGCAUUCUUCUGUCUAUCCAAGUUGUGAAUCAUAGUUUUUUUUUUAUGAAAUUAAACAUAGCAGGAAAAUAUGACGUAAAAUUUGAAAUUCUAAAAACCAGAUUGGAGGGUGAUAUGAGGUUGUCAUAUGAAGGAUUUUAGGCUUGGCCUAUUCUCUCACUAUGUCAGUAAAAACGGAAUUUAUUAUUCCUGCUCAAAUUUUAUUUUGACUUUUCAGUGUAAAAUUUAAUUGCAGCAAAAAUUUAAUUGCAGCAAAAAUUUCAAUGUAAAUCCAGCUUUAUACUUUGGUAUCUAAGUGGAUUUAUCAUUUUAAGUUCCACCGCUCUUUAGAGAAUAAAUAGCAUAUUGCUAUAUUAUUCCCCAUUGUUUUGCAACAUAGAUCUUUCAAAGUGCUUUUUUUCCAUUCAGGGCAAUAAACUUACGAUUUAUCAUAUUAUGUUGUCUGAAAGGUCACACCUACCUAUCAAAAGUACUUUACUUACACCAUCCAUUCAAUCGGGCGAGAAUUGAAUUGACGACGACGUCUGUUGAAAUUUGAAUUAACAAUUCAAAUAAUUUAUUCAGCACCCGUGGAGGCACUUGAUGCUAACUGAAGUCUCUUUACGGCAGCCGUUUCAAUUAGUCAGCGUUUGCUGCUGUUUUCUGUCUGGGCUCCGAAGGGACGAUUACACAUCCAUAUCCUGGAGAUGAAAACCGUCGCUAUAUAUAAACAACAGCUUACUUAACAGUUUGACACCAUGCCUUCAGGUUUUGCAUCCUAAACGAUAUUUAGUUAUUGUUUGUAGAAACAUUUAAAUUGCUGUUAGGGAAAAGGUCUAUAAGUGUAUUGUUAAUUUGAAUUUUAACACAAAAUUUUGUUACAGCACUUUUUUGGAGACAUUUAAAUAUGGUUUAUAAUAUUGUUGGCCGGGAACUGGUUCCCUAUGGUCUGAAACUGGACACAAGCUUUAAACAUCUAGAGUUUUUUUCCCUUUUAGGUACAAAGCAUUUCACUUUGAUGAUAUCUUUGAUGUUGUUGUUUAAAGGGUUAAUUCUUAAACCAAAGUCUACAUAAAGGCUGUGAAACCAUUACGCUUCUUUUUGAAAUUUCUGACCAUGUAGUUAAUUUUGUCAGGACUUUAUACACCCAAACGGAGUAACAAGUCAAGUUAACGAUAGUGAAAAGGAUAAAUGUCAAGUUUGAGACAAUUUCAGCUGUCACAAAGAAUGCUAUAACUACAAAACAUUAUUUUGCGAUAAGUGUUUUGCCGUGUUAGUUUGUUCAAAGAUCAAAUGAAAUAUUAUGAAUAUUUAAUCUGAUAAAUGUGGGUGGUCUUAUUGUCGAAUUUGGGUUUAUUUAUCACUGGUAGAGUACGAGACCUUGUUAUCAAUUUUGUGAUGGUGUCUUGCUAUUGAGGAUGUAUUUUAAAACUAUUUAUGUUCAAAUGAAAUACCCAAUGAAAAAGUUGGGGGGGGGGGGUGGGGGGUUCUUAUGCCGUGCAUGGGCUUGUUUUGUCAUAAUUAGUAAUAUUAGAAUCUGUUAAUUCUGCUUUCCUUCAAAUGUUAAACCGAUGGAAGAAAGACGUUGGGCUUUUUGUGAGCAUGGGCUGAGCAACUGAUGAAAUAUUCUGCUUGUGUUUGAAUGAAAUGGUGAGAGAAAUUUAAAUAUAGUUCAGCUUGUAUACUAUUCUUAAUUAUACACAAACUUAUAUUUAUCUCACUUACCUAAGAUGUGUGUAACAUGCAAUAAUUAGUAAAACAAUAAAUCUGCUUUAAAACCCAAAAGCAAAAUUGAACUGAAUCUAUGAGUAUAUAUACAUUUGUGAUUUUUAGCCGGGCGGAUGACAGUUAACUGUAUGUUGUAUGCAACCACUUCCAUUUACGUGUAUAAUUGUCAUGGAGUUUUGAUGUACAACAACGAUGUAUAUUACACAUUCCGUAACAUUUUCUGAUUGGAUGGUUUUAUAUCAAUAUGUAAAAUAUAUAUAUAUACAAAAACUGUACAUUAAAAAUAAUUUUUUAUAUUUGUAA